AUGAGCACAUUAGUGAAAAAAGACACAACGCGAUCAGAAGCCGAAAUCGAAGCUGUUGAAGCAUUUGAGAGCCUAGAAGAAAAGGACUACGUUCCCAGUGUGUCUUUUGAUACAGUCCCGCUUCUUGCUGGGAUUGCGUGUGAAGAGUCCGACGAAGAGCACGACUGUGACGAUCACAUCCUAGAGUAUACCGAAGACGAGUAUUACAAUGACGAAACAUAUGCCGAAUCUUCGAUCUACUCUGACCGGAAUCGAGGCUACUCGCCUCCUCCGGGAUCAGGAAACUCUAUGUCUCUGAUAGAUUCGAGAAUAGACGGUCUAGACGGUUUCCACAUUGGAAGAGACGGGAAAAUUACCAGGACGGACUACCCUACCCGGCCCACCAUUGUUAACGAAGCUCUUGUACUGAACAAAGUGCAUAAGGACUGGCUCUCUCUGUGGCGUCAGCGAAAAAACCUUGUCGAGUCGAGGCUCGCAGCUCCUACUGGUCGUUUUGUCUUUCCGAGCAUUUUGUUCCCCCCGGAAAAGAACACCAGACCAAACACGUUUAGCGGGCUCACUCCAUUAACCAAAGAAGAGAGGAGGAAGGCGCUGAUAAUUGGAAAGAAAGUCGGCUUUCCCAAUUCACCGCGAACUAUCGUGUGUCAUAUUAGUGGAAAAAAGCACACUUGGAUAGGAUUAGAUUGGCUUUUAAAGCGGUACGCUCAGGAUGUUGAUCAUCUGGUAAUUAUCGCAAAUAUUCCAAAAAUGUCCAAUCACAAAUCUCGCUCGAGAUCUAGGUCCCGGUCGGCCGCUCCUAGAAGUAGAUCGGCGGCCCCAGCUAGUCGACAUUAUCGUGCAUCCGGAACACUUCAAAGGUCAUUCCCCUCUGAAAAUGAGGGUGAGCAAAGUCAGCAAAAAGAUGAACGGUGGUUAGAGUGGGCAUCCGGAUAUGACGCUGGUCACAUCAAGCGCGUCCUAAAAAAUAUUCUGGUUUAUGUUGUCUCAAUAAUGCCAAGAAACCGUGCAGUGAAGGUGACUGUUGAGAUUGUAAUUGGGAAGACUAAGAAAAUUCUAGUUGACUGUAUGAAUGUUUAUUUUCCCGAUCUGAUAGUGCUAAGCUCGUUGCGGUCAAAGCAAACCGAGAGCAUGGUGAAAUGGAAAUCAAGAUAUCUCAUCGACAAAGCUUGUCAAACCUUUCCGGUACCUAUUGUGUUAGUACCUGUGAAGCAAAUGAUGGAAUUGGAAAGCAAGGUCAGAGAUGACUUGGAUGAGGAGAUCAAGAGGAAAGGAAAGAAACGCUCAGAAUCUGCAGAUGAAAUUCCUCGCUUACAUCACUCGAAGACGGCGCCCGACGUUAUGGACCAUACAGAAGCAUCUAGCCAUUCAGCAUCAACUAACUCGGUAAAUGGUGAUCCCACUACGUCUGUUGAAGAUCAAGGCACUGACGGUGAAUCUGUGGCAUCAUCGUUAUCCAAUAAAAGUCCAUUGACGGAUAUGCGACUGCGUGACGAGCUAGUGGCUCUUCGGAAAGAGACCAAAACAAGAAUAUGGAAAUUUGAGAACGAUAACUCGAUCCCGCAAGACGAGCAACUAGUUUUAAAGGUAGAUACUGUUCUCAAAUCUACGUUAAAAUUUGCGGCCAAACUGGAUGAACUGAACCAGAGCACAGAGUCUUUGGUUGAACUCAAACGAGAGUUUACAGGCAGGGCAAAUCCAGAUUCGUCAGGAAAUAAAAAGUCAAUGCUUGACGUUGCCAAACCCUCCAAAGUUGCACACGUUAAGCCAUCGCCAAAUCCUGCGCGCAUAAGUGUCAAGGAUGACACGAUACCGCCCAAACCCCAAAUUAAGUUCGCGCCAGAAGUAAAAGGUAAAGAUGGCAAUAAAACGACAGGGAUCGACAGUAUCGAAAGAAGCAUGUCUCACGAAGUUCCUCUGCGACCACAAUCUUCUCAGGGUGUUGAGAGCUCACCCAGGGAGACGGAUCUGCGGAAAGUGCGCAGUGCAAGUGGUCUUAAGCCUGUCAAGUCUGGAAGCUCUCUGAACAGCGAGAUCAAGAAGAAAAGCAAAAGCUUCUUUUCAUUCUUCAAAGGAUCUGAUAGUCCACCAAGUAGUACCGUAAGUAGUGGGUCAUCCAGCAGGAGAAACAGUAGUGGUAGUGAUGCCAGUGGCUUACUGUUAAACACUCCGUCCAAGAAAAGAAGAUCUCGAUUUUUUGGUCUCAAGAAAUCGUGA